AUGGCAGCGAUCGCACUGUCCUCGUUGACCAUGACUCCGCUAGGGAAGCUGAGGUACGGAUCGACUCCUGAGGCCGAGCUCUACAGCUGGCUCCAGGCGUGCUACCGAUCCGAGCUGGCUGCAGCCCUAAACCCACCACGUAUAGCAGAGUUUGAUCAUGACGGACUGGGUCCAAACGUGAAGCGGAUGGAAUAUCUAAUUGUUCGCGACCUCGACUUGGACCCGUUGAACCACGAAAAGAACCCCGGACACGCGAAAGCCGACGAUGUCCGCCUGGAGGCACGUGGCGGGCGGAUCGUGGCCUACGCGGAAUUCGUGUACCAUCCGCGCGCGGAGGACGCGCAGUCCGAAGCUACUGAUACAGAUGGCACGGCAACGCCAGGAGGCUCGAAAGACGAGGUCGCGGUGCCACCACCUCCGCCUCCGUCUGUCCACGGCGAACUAUGCAAAUAUUGGGACGAUCUGGUGGAGACAGCGCUGCAGAGUCAGUUCGGCGGUAUGCAUUGCUUUGAGGUUCGAGGGCUCUCCACCCUGGCGCCUUCGCAUCUCCGCAAAGGGAUCGCGAGCAGGCUGCUCGGCUGGAUCUUCCCCUGGGCAGAGAGGCUGCAUGUGCCUGUCGUGCUUGCCGCGACGCCCCCGGGCUACCCGUUGUACCUGAAGCACGGGUUUGUGCCGGUGGGGCCCAACGGCGGUGUGGUUGAAUGUGAUAUGGCUCGCUGGGGAGGCAGCGGUAUCCAUAGGCAUGUCUUGAUGAUAAGAUGGCCAGAGAAGCAGGAAAUAUGCGCGACAGUCGGUGAACGUGGUAGAUGA